GUAACUAAACGAAAACGUAGCGUGAGGAUGGAUACUUAUGAAUCUAUUGAGGAGAGUCAUAUAAGUAACCUCAAGAAGAUCUCCGUCAUCGUCUGGAUAAUCAUCUUAAUCUGUGGAUGUUGCAUGGUCAUAUAUGCAGCUUGCUUUUAUAGUCCCAGGAAACCACCUACUGAAACUCCACAGCCUCAACAAGACAUUGAAACAGGACAGAGGAGGAAAGUCUUAAUGUUCAAAGAUAUCAAAAAAGAAGAAGGAGAAGGUUUUUGUCCAAUUUGUUUGGAAGAGUACGAGGAUGAUCAUGAGAUUAGGCGUUUGAAGAAGUGUGGACAUGUUUUUCAUCGUUUUUGUAUUGAUUCUUGGCUUACACGCCACCGAAGCUGUCCAAGUUGUCGUCGUUCUGUUGAUUUGAUUUGUAACAAACGAAAACGUAGCGUGAGGAUGGAUACUUUUGAUAAAGUUAACCUUUGGAUCCUCGUCAUCGGCUGGGUGAUCAUCAUCAUCUAUGCAUUCUGCAAAAGUUGUAAUAGUCCCACGGAAUCACCUGCCGAAACUCCACAGCCUCAACAAGACAUUGAAACCGGACAGAGGAGGAAUUCGAGGAAAGUCUUAAUGUUCAAAGAUAUCAAAGAAGAAGAAGAAGAAGGAGAAGGAGAAGGAGAAGGAGAAGGUUGUGGUAAACGUUUUUGUCCAAUUUGUUUGGAAGAGUACGAGGAUGAUCAUGAGAUUAGGCGUUUGAAGGAGUGUGGACAUGUUUUUCACCGUUUUUGUAUUCGUUCUUGGCUUAAACGCGAUCGUAGGUGUCCAAUUUGUCGUCGUUCUGUUGAUCUGAUUUCUGAUUUUUUGGUCUGCGCAAGUUGA